AUGGAAGGAGAUACUACAGCAGAUGCAAUGGCGGCUAUGGGCUUGCCAACGAGCUUUUCCACGCCAAAUGCUUCGCGAACUCCACCAUCUGGCCCUUCGAAUCCUUCUGCUAGAGGGAAUAAUGCUGGUUUUCGAGGUCGUGGUGGUUCUCGAGGAGGUCAGAGAGGACGCGAUGGUGGCUGGAGAGGUCAAAGUAGAGGAGGAAGAGGGAAUGCACGAGGUCAUCCAUACCCGCACGCAGACAGGAAUGAGCCUUCAUAUUCCGCCGAACAAGGACACCCUUCCUCGCAUACACAGCGUCCUCAACAAGGGUAUGGAGCCAAUGGCGGAAGGGGAGGUAGCCGUCCUAACAAAAAUGAUAAUCAGAGACAGAGGGGCACUGAUAUGAACGCAAUUAUGAAUGAGCCUUUACUACCGCUUGAGGAAGUAGCCCCAAUCAUCAGGCCAUCUUUCACAAUUGCAAAUCCAUGGGCACAUCUUGAGAAAGAGGAUUAG